CUCUUUCUAUUACAAUGAAUGCAGCGGGGCAGGAGGUCAGAGUUGAAUAUUUGACAGAAAGCAGAAUAUGGAUUCUAUAUUUCAUGAGAAAGUAAGUCUAAACAUCUAACUUUACACUGUUAGCUGUGACUUAUUGUUUGAGUUUACUCGAAGGGCCUCGCACCGUUAGGAUGUGAUGUGUUUUCAGACGCUAUGAGGCCGUUGUUGAGAGAUUUGUGGUUGUGUUUGGAAGUGUUGUUGUUCUAACAGCUAAAAUGCUAACUGCACCUGCGAGUUAAAUGUUAUGAAAAGUUUCCUUUGGGCUUAAAAUUACUCUAUGAAGCGAUGGAGUAGUCGAAAAUGUGUUAUUUUUACCGGGUGAGUAAACCAAUAAUCUUAAAAUAACACAUAGUUCUUCCUAAAAAGUGUUGAAAUUAGUUUUGCGCGCGCUAGCUGAUUUAGCUUUUCCUGAAUGGGACUGUUUUCGUGGACUCAGACCAAAACAACCCACUUCAGCGGACUCAGGGGCCGUGGAUCAAACCAAUUUUCAUUUAGAUUUACAGCAAUACUUUUAUGUUAUAAUUGUCAUUAAACACUAAUUUAUCCUUGCAGCAAGAGGGCUCUCUAUGUGCCCAACACUGCCUCAACAACCUCCUGCAAGGCGAAUAUUUCACGCCCGUGGAUCUGUCCUCCAUUGCUCAUCAGCUGGAUGAAGAGGAGAGGAUGAGGAUGGCCGAAGGAGGGAUGGCCAGUGAGGAGUAUAGAACCUUUUUACAGGUGAGGGGACAGACUUUAUAAAUUGUACAGCAGCAGCAGCUUCCUCAUAAAUCCCUUUGCUAAACAUGUGAUUUAUGUGCCUGUUUUACCAGCAACCAUCUGGAAACAUGGAUGACAGCGGGUUCUUCUCAAUCCAAGUGAGUUUAAGUGAUUCACUUUUUUGUCUGCAAUGAUAAGUCCAUUUUUAGUUUUAAGGAGCUUCUAAAUUGGCAGUAUUUGUUAACAUGAUAAGACAGGUGAGUGUUGCAGGGGAGAGUGGGGUAAGUUGAGCCACCCCCUGCUGCUUGGAAAUGGUAAAAGAAAUUGAUCAUGUGACCAAUUACUUAAGAGAUGGGCAUCGAUUCAUGGAGUCUGUGAAGGUUAGAAGACAUGGGUGAAGGGGUUAGACAUUUAUUAAAAAAUAUAUUUUUUUUUCACUCUUGAAAGUGGAAUUUAGUCUGUCAUAAAUGUUAUAAGAAUUGUGUUCAGACCAAAAAGAGAUCAUUUUACAUUAGUUUUAUACAUCAAUUGUGGUAUCUAUAAGCUACAACAUGAGGUCAAAAACCGAGUGUAAAAGUCCACCAUUUUAGCUUAGACCACUAAUAAAGUCAUAAUAGUAGUUCUGUGGCUCAACUGAGAAAGUAAAGGAGUCUGAUGAGAGGAUUAGAGUUUCAGUUCAGAUUGUUGAAAUGUGUUACUUCUUCUUUUCAAAAAUACAGCUGUGAAUGUUCUGAAUCACUUAAAGACAUUCUCAUGUUAAAAUGACUUUUUACAAAACAGCUUUUCAGUUAUAUGCAAUAAUAAUAAAAAUAAUUAUCUUACCAGUUGGAUAGUGGAUAAUAGAUAAAAAUACACAUAAAUGUGAAGAAGUGACUGUUAUUUAGGGAGAGAGAAGGUGAAGGAGGGCUGGGUUGGAGAGUGGGGGGGUAGUAGGGAUACGGCUCAACUUACCCCAUACACGGGGUAAGUUGAUCAUAGGAGACCACUUUUUUUGGCAUGCUAUAUUAUCAAGACAGUUAUGUUUACACUCAUUCUGUUGGUUUGCAGGGAUGCACAACAUCUUGAAAUAUAUGCAGAUACACUAGUUAGAGACAAAACUAUGAUUGCCUUGAUGUAGUAAUCUGAAAUAUAAAAAUGGCUCAUCUUACCGCACUCUCCUUUUCUGCAUAUUAAUCAUUGAAGAUGUAGUGGGCAGUGGUGUAUUGAGUGAUUUAUAAAGGAAGGUGUUCCUUAUAUUUUUUCCACUCCAUCAAGAAACAUGAAGGACACCCCCUGAAACAUGAGCGAUGAGCUCAAUGAAUAUUUAUCAUCUGUCUGACCAUAUUAACAAAUGAAGAUGUAGAAGCGUCAUAAAAGUAGAAUUUAUUAUGUCAGCGCUUUUGUAUUGGUUGAGAUUUGAUUGCUGAGGUGUUCUUCAUUUUGUUACCAUCUCUAAUUUCUUUUCCUUUUAGGUAAUUAGCAAUGCUCUGAGAGUUUGGGGCCUGGAGUUAAUCCUCUUCAACAGCCGGGAGUAUCAGAGCCUGAUGAUUAAUCCAAUGUGAGGAAUUUUUGUUAAUAGUUUAUUCUAACACUGAAUUAUAAAUCUACAGGAAAUCAGAUAAUUGUCUUAAAGUAAAAGCUAAUGGUGAAAAAAAAACAUCCCCCUGUCUUUUCUUUUCCUUUUUUUUCAGAAAUGAGAAAGCCUUUAUUUGUAACUACAAGGAGCACUGGUUUACUAUACGCAAACUUGGUCAGCAGGUAUGAGGCACGUGUCUUUGUGUACAAAAUAAACACAGCUUGAUUCAUCAUAAACACACUUUAUUUGUCUUUGCAGUGGUUUAACCUGAAUUCGCUGUUGACUGGACCAGAGUUGAUAUCGGACACCUAUUUAGCCCUUUUCCUUGCACAGUUACAGCAGGAAGGUAAUGUCAACUUGACUCUUGUCUACAGUACGUUUAGACAUUGCAAUGAAGACUGAAUAGUUAUUGUUUUUAUACAGGUUAUUCCAUAUUUGUAGUCCGGGGAAAUCUUCCUGAAUGUGAAGCAGAGCAGAUCCUAAGGAUCAUUAGAGUGCAGCAGCAGCAGAGGCCGAGGCUUAUUGGAGAAGAUGAGGCCCAGACGAGUGCAGGGUGUGUCACAUAUGAGCAGACAGCACAAUUUUGACUUGAAAAUAACAAAAAAGUGUUGUUUUUAUUUAUUUUAAGUUGCCAAAGUGGCAUUGAGAACAGAUCUUUUAAAGCCUUGUUCUGUGAGCAGCAGGUCAGCAGCUCUGAGCCAGACAGAGGUGGGUUUUGGUGUGGUGGAUGAGGUUGUGGAUGAAGACGAUGAGCUGAAGAGAGCGCUGGCACUGAGCAGACAGGACAUAGAUGUGGAAGAUGAAGAGGCUGAUCUUCGCAGGGCCAUACAGCUGAGCAUGCAAGGUAAUUAAAAUACAAGUCUUGAAAAGGUAGAAAAUCUUUUUGUUUCCUUGUCAAGGUUCUAAUCAAAAGUGUAAAAUGUUUAUAGAAGAAGCAAAAAGGUUGGCUCUGAAUUCACAUCACUUUAUGUACAGCAGGGUCAAUAAGGCCUACAGCUAUGAAACCAUAUGAAUUAUCUGCUGUAAAUGUUUUAAUCAGCAUUUUGUGUUCUGUAUCUAUUAGAACUGAAAAUAUUUUCUUUUAAUGAUAAAGGAGCAGUGAUGAGCAACAAGUCUUCAGAAUCUGACCUGGGAAACAUAAAGUCAGGGAGCACUGCAGGGGGACAAAAAGACGGCCAGAAUGAGACACUCACAGCAGAGGAACUGCGGAAAAGAAGACAAGCCUAUUUUGACCGGUGGGUUUCACUGCAUUGUGAGUGACUGCUGAUCAGAAGAUGAUAAUCAAAUUACCAGAAACACUAAUUAGCAAUUUAAUUCAACAACCCAGUGAUUUGGACAUCCAGGGUCAUUCAAUUUUAUGGCAGAAAUUUUAAAGUAUUUCUAGUCUAAAUCUGUUUAUAUAGAUGAAUGUGAGAUGUUUGGGACUGCUUUUUUUGUUGUUUUAUUGAAUCAAUAUUAUUGUCAGCUUGAAGUGUAUUGACUCCACCCUCUUGUUUAGCAGGAAAUAAAUUCAGUCUUUCUGAUACGAAUAUGUCUGUGGAUUUUUCAGACAACAGCAACAAGCUCAGUCAAACAUUCCUCAACAACCAGACCCGAAAUCAGCAGGUGGGUCGGGUAAGUACACAUUAUUUUUGGUGUGAAUUUCGUGCAGAGCCGUUCCAUGAAGUGUUAUGAAAAUUAAGUGCUAUUCAAGGAGUUAAUAAAAUAAAUGAAGCGAAAACCCCUCUUUUCUCUUUUAGGCUCUGUAAACACUGGCACUGAACAGGACCAACAACAGAAGCCCAGCCAGUGAAGCUGUGAAAGGUUUGCCUAUGUCGUUUACCAGCUGCCUGCACUGGCAACCCCGCACAGGGGUGGCUUUGCUCCUUCCUCUAACCCUUUUGCACACGCGAACAUAAGGACAGUCAGAAGGCUGACGCGUUCCCCCCGGUUAGUUCGCCGACAAGCUUUAGAGAAGAGAACAAAGAGAAAGAAAAGGCAGCAGUCAGUCUAAUCCAACUAACUGAGGCACUGACGCUGGGAAAAGGGUGACCACAGAACUCAUGAUGCAGUUAAUCCAAGUUUGCAAUUGCCUUUUUACCAUGGCGCCUUCUAUUUCUAUUGUAUACAGUUUUUUAUUCUCUUAUUUUCCUCUUGUUGAGAUGGGGAGAAUCUUCGGCGUACAAAGAGUGUUUACCGGGUAAAGGGUCAGGGUAACAAUCACACAGAGCUGGUGUUCUGUGAGAGGAGACUAAUCAUGACACCACAGAUUAAAAAAAAAAGAUAGAUGAUGACAGAUCAUGCUGUCUCUGUAUUUGACUUGCAUUUCUCUAACAUGAAAUAUAGUUUCACUGCUCAGCCCCCCAGAACGCCUCUGUAGUUUUUAAAAACUGUUUUGUUUUAGCCAGGUUCUUUCUUCCUCACUUCAUAAAUCACUUAACUCUGAAGGUUUUGGGACAUCAACUUUUUUUUCAAUGUUGUUGCUUCAUUUAUACCUUAAAGUGUAACUAGCUUUGUAUUAAUGUAAGAUAGCACAACUCAGAAUUUAAGGGUGUUUUAUCCGUCUUCACUGGACGGUGAACAAUUCUAUAGAGCUGUUUCCUAAAUCUAAGAUGCUUUGAUUGCCGCAUAUUUUGUCCUUCAUAAAUCAGUAUGUGAUGGGGAGCAAAGAAGCUAUGCCUGAAAACCUCAAGCUGCAGCUUAUAGAUAAAUACAGUGUUAACUAAAAACUGAUAACCCCACUUAAUCCAACUUUAGCUGCUGUUAAAGUUGAUAAGUAUUUGUCCUAAUUCAUGAGGGGAAAUAGUAAUAAAAUCUGAACUGCCCCUUCAAACAUUUUGUUCACUCUAUAAUCCACCAGUCCUCACAGCAUGUUUUAUGAAUUAGUACCUUGAAUGCAUUCAUUUGCACUGGGGUAGUCCUGUGUGAAAGCUACUGAAAGCAAUGGCUGAUGAUGACCUUUCAAAAGUGUUUCAAGCUUAAAAUGAAGGCUGACUGUUAUUUCACUGCAUAACUUUGGUCAGGUCAAACCCAAAGAGAGGAACACACCUUGUUUUAUUUUGCUUCUUGAAAUGACGUCUUUAAAAUACCUUUCAUAUUCCUUUAAUAGUUUCAGCCCAUCCCUGAAAACCUGAUUACAACACAUAGCUAAACUGACCGCAGUAAAAUAUUGACUCAGUAACAGUUAUGGUUUCUGGAAACUAUAAUAAGUCUUUAGCAUAGAUAUAUAUCAAAGCCCCCUUUAAAAGUCCAUGAUGUCAUGCAAAGUUUUAUCUCUUGUUCUCGAUGACUUCGGGGAAGAUUCAACAGUUUCAUUAUUUUUGUGUCUUUUUGAUCUGUUUAGGCUUUUUUUUCUAUUUAAAUGCACUUGUGUCAAAGCUGGCUUUUUUUCUCUGUACACUAGUUUCACUCACUACAUUCUUACAAUCACUAUUCUUUACUCUUGUUAAAAUUUCUUUCAUUAAAAUUUCACAUUACACUGUUCUUUCAUUUAAUGUAUUAGCUCUUGUUCCAGGAAUAAAGUGAUACUCACUCCUAAGGUUUCUCAAGUCUAAUUUUUGUAAGUUAGUUUUAAAUGGUGGGUUAUAAAAUCAUCUGUACAGAAGAACCACAGAACCAGUUUUAAAUGGUGGGUUAUAAAACUCAUCUGUACAGAAGAACUACAUCUAAAGUACUGCUCAGGUUCAGCUAUUCUUUAUUUUAGUAGAUAAUGCAUUUGUGCCGAUGUGCAUCGCGGUUAACAAAGUAUAAUCAUAUUUCUACGUAUCUUUACUGUCGUAAACAUCCUGUAUCAACAAGCUUGAAUCAUCUUUUAUUAUUAUUAAAAGUAUUACAGAAUUCAAGUAUGAAGUUUCUUACUUUUAUAAAUACUUUUUAGGGGGCAUGUUUCAUACUAAAUACUUAAUUUAAGCCUCGAGUGGUUAAAAUCUGAAGGGAAAAAUGUUUUGAUAAAUCUGUAUUUUGAGUACGAGGAUGCUUAAGACUCCUAUUCUUCUGGGGGGUCUGACAUGCUGAGUGCGUAUGUAUCUCAGGGAAGAUGCUGGUUAGUUGGCUUCUCUGAAAUGUACUGCAUCAAUGAUACAGCUCCUGUUUAGUUUUUAAACGCUCUUUAGGUUUUUCCUUCACACACUAAACUGCAACGAUAUUGAAUAGGGUCAAUUAUACAUUUUCAAGAGCAAGGAAAUGUGUCUUUGAUUUUCAUACUUUAAUAUGUAGUUGGAUGACUGUCAGUAAACUUGUACUAUAAUAAAAAGAAAUGUAGUUGAUGGA